AUGGCCGCCAAGCGAUCGCCGCUUCUCCUCUGCCUGCUCCUCUUGCUGCCGUCUUUUGCCGUCCCCAUCCACGGCCAGCCAAGCCGUGGCGUCCGCCUUGAGCUGACCCACGUCGACGCCCGCGGCGACCUCACGGGGCCCGACCGCAUCCGCCGCGCCGCUGACCGGAGCCACCGCCGCGUGAACGGCCUCCUCGCCGCGGUCUCGCCGCCGGCUACGUCCACGUCCACGCUGCGGAGCGACGGUGGUGGUGGUGGCGCCGGCGCCGCCACGGCAGCGGCAUCCGUGCACGCGAGCACGGCGACCUACCUCCCCGCGCCGCUGUACGCGCCGGCCAGGUCCGCGACCUACGCCAACGUGUCGUGCGGCUCCAGGCUCUGCGAGGCGCUCCCGAGCCUCAGGCCCUCCUCCCGCUGCUCGGCGUCGGCGUCGGCGCAGGUGCGGGGCUGCGCGUACUACACCUCCUACGGCGACGGCAGCUCCACCGAUGGCGUCCUCGCCACUGAGGCGUUCACGUUCGGCGCGGGCACCACCGUCCACGGCCUCGCCUUCGGGUGCGGCACGUACAACCUCGGCGGCACGGACAAUUCCUCCGGUCUGGUCGGCAUGGGCCGGGGCCCGCUGUCGCUGGUGUCCCAGCUCGGCGUCACCAGGUUCUCGUACUGCUUCACGCCAUUCAACGACACGGCAACGUCGAGCCCUCUGUUCCUCGGCUCGUCGGCGAGCCUCUCGCCGGCGGCCAAGUCCACGCCGUUCGUGCCGAACCCGACCGGCCCGCCGCGGAGCUCCUACUACUACCUCUCCCUGGAAGGGAUCACCGUCGGGGACACCCUGCUGCGGAUCGACCCCGCCGUGUUCCAGCUCACCGCGUCGGGCCGCGGCGGGCUCAUCAUCGACUCCGGCACGACGAUCACGGCGCUAGAGGAGCGCGCGUUCGUGGUGCUGGCGCGCGCCGUCGCCGCCCGUGUGGCGCUGCCGCUGGCCAGCGGCGCGCACCUGGGCCUCAGCGUCUGCUUCGCGGCGCCCGAGGGGCGGGGGCCCGAGGCCGUGGCCGUGCCGCGGCUGGUUCUCCACUUCGACGGCGCCGACAUGGAGCUGCGGCGGAGCAGCGCCGUGGUGGAGGACAGCGUCGCCGGGGUCGCGUGCCUGGGGAUGGUGAGCGCGCGGGGGAUGUCGGUGCUCGGAAGCAUGCAGCAGCAGAACAUGCACGUCCUGUACGACGUCGAGAGGGACGUCUUGUCCUUUGAGCCCGCCAACUGCGGCGAGCUCUAG